GAAAGAUAUUUCCUCCAUCAUUCUUUGAUGUAAUGGAACAUCUUGCUAUUCAUCUCGCAAGAGAAUUGGAACUUGGUGGUCCUGUGCAGUACAGAUGGAUGUAUAUUUUUGAGCGUUAUAUGCAUCAUCUGAAGAAGAUGGUCAAAAAUCAAAGCAGGGUGGAAGGAUCUAUAGUGGCACAGGUGAUCAAUGAAGAAACUGCAAUCUUUGCUGAAAAUUAUUUUCCACCAGAAGUGCAUACAAAACACCGAAGACCUGCUCGGCAUGAUGACAGAGGGGAGAGAGCAACAUAUCAUGUUACUGUCCCAAGCAUGUUCAAGGAAAUAGGACGACUUAGCGGAAAAUUCACGAAGCGCAGACUUACGGACACUGAGCACGCUCAUUUGCAAACAUAUUUGCUCACCAACUGUGAAGAUGUUCUACAAUAUGAGAGUGUAUAUAUGGCGGAGUUGCGUAUGACUCACAGGCAUGCAACAGAAGAUGAGCUUCAACAACUUAGAGAUAACGGAUUUGCUGUGUGGCUUCGUAGUUAUGUGAAUGAUGGUUUGGCCAGAGGUUUUGUGUUCGAUGAUUGGAUACGCGAAUUUGUGCAGGGACCAAACUAUGUGGUCAAAUCAUAUCCAAAAUUUUGUACGCGAGGAUAUGCAUUCACAAGGAAAGGUCAUUCUAAGACAACAUAUGAUGCUGGUGUUUCAUCUUCUUCCGGUGACGAUGUCUACUACGGCAACAUAAAAGAAAUAUUGGAAAUCCAAUUUCCUGGAAUGGUUGGAUUGCGUUGUGUAGUAUUCUAUUGUGAUUGGUAUGACACCACCCCAGAUAGAGGAGUGAAGAUUGAUGCGUUUGGUGUUACAUCAGUUCAUUCGCGGCGGAAACUUCAAUACUAUGAUCCCUUCAUUCUUGGUUCGCAAGCUGAUCAGGUAUGUUACAUCAGUUACCCUCGGGUGACGUACAGAGAUGAUCCAUGGGUCACUGUAACGCAAAUCAACCCAAGAGGACGAGUGGAUGGAACUUCUGAUGAUGAUGAACCAUUGCAACCAGAGUCUACCAGCAACGCCCAGGCAGUUGAAGAUUUGGCAAAUGUUGAACUCGUUGAGGAUUUGACUGAGUUUGGACUUGAUGCUGUUGUACAUUCGGAGCCAGAAGCUGAGGUUGGGGAGUUUGAUGAAGAUUCAGAAGAUUCGGAUUAGUUUUUUUUUUUU